AUGGUCAAGACCUCCGUCCUCAACGAUGCGCUUAACGCCAUGAACAACGCCGAGAAGGCUGGCAAGCGCCAGGUCCUCAUCCGUCCUUCCUCCAAGGUCAUCGUCAAGUUCCUUGCUGUCAUGCAGAAGCACGGUUACAUCGGCGAGUUCGAGGAGGUCGAUGACCACCGCUCCGGCAAGAUUGUCAUCCAGCUUAACGGCCGUCUCAACAAGUGUGGUGUCAUCAACCCCCGCUACCCCGUUCAGCUCCGUGACCUUGAGAAGUGGGCUACCCAGCUCCUUCCUUCCCGUCAGUUCGGUUACGUUGUCCUGACCACCUCCGCCGGUAUCAUGGAUCACGAGGAGGCUCGCCGCAAGCACGUUGCUGGCAAGCUCCUCGGCUUCUUCUACUAG